UAGGUCUCCACCCCGAUCCAGCCUCCAGCUGGUACCCUAGAGCUCUAGGCCGCUGACCGAGGGGCCAGGAGAGUGACUGAGCACAGGGAGGAUGGCGACUUGCUGAGAUUGGAGGACACCGAGAUGCCUAGCGAACAACAGACGGAGGAGGAGGAAGAAGAGAUGCAAGAGGAGAUGGUGCUGCUGGUGAAGAGUGAGGAGGAUGAGGGUGAGGAGAAGUAUGAGGUGGUGAAACUCAAGAUCCCCGUGGACAACAAGGAGGUCCCAAGUGAGGCGCCAGCGCCAUCUGCCGAUCCCGCACGCCCGCACGCGUGCCCAGACUGCGGCCGGGCAUUUGCUCGCCGCUCCACGCUAGCGAAGCAUUCGCGCACACAUACGGGCGAGCGACCCUUCGCAUGCACUGAGUGUGGCCGGGGAUUCUCGCAGAAGUCGGCGCUGACCAAACACGGCCGCACGCAUACCGGCGAGCGGCCCUACGAGUGCCCCGAGUGCGACAAGCGCUUCUCGGCUGCCUCCAAUCUGCAGCAGCACCGAAGGCGCCACACUGGCGAGAAGCCUUAUUUAUGCACUCACUGUGGUCGCCGCUUCGCGCAGAGCUCCAACUACGCACAGCACCUACGCGUGCACACGGGCGAGAAGCCCUAUGCCUGCCCAGACUGUGGACGCGCCUUUGGCGGCAGUUCGUGCCUGGCGCGCCACCGACGCACACACACAGGCGAGCGGCCUUACGCAUGCGCUGACUGCGGUACGCGCUUUGCGCAGAGCUCGGCGCUGGCCAAGCACCGGCGUGUGCACACUGGAGAGAAGCCGCACCGUUGUGCGGUGUGUGGCCGCCGUUUUGGGCACCGCUCCAACCUGGCGGAGCAUGCCCGCACACACACGGGCGAGCGGCCCUACCCGUGUGGCGAGUGUGGCCAGCGAUUUCGCCUCAGUUCACACUUCAUCCGCCACCGUCGUGCGCACAUGCGGCGCCGUCUCUACAUCUGCGCUGGCUGUGGGCGAGACUUCAAGCUACCCUCUGGAGCUACAGCCAGCACUGCCACGGAGCACUGCCCAGAGUGCAAAAGUAGCUGAUCUCUUUAUCUGGUUGCUGCGGGGUGCUAGUGUCCAGUACACCAGUGUUCCUGAACCAACUCUAUGGGUGCAACCCUUACAGGCUCAAUUAAUGUGACGGUCUCCCCACCACCCUGGUCUGGGAGAGGGUGGAAUGGAAGGCCUGGCUUUCCAGUACUGGGAGACAUGCGGAUCCCUGCAAACCAUGCUCACAUCCCCUUAAAAGUCCUCAGCCCAUGCUAGUAAAUGAAGUAUAUCCUCACCUGGCCCUGGCCUGUGAUUGAGGUGGUUCGGGGGGAGGUGGGGUGGGGAGAAACCAAAUUGCUGUCUUCCCCAGGCUAGGCAACUUAGAACCUAGCAGGGAUAUAAAUCCAAAAGCAUGCCUGGAACUGGUUUUGUGUGUGUGGAGUCAUAUCUGGAAGGGUCCAUAAAUAUAGCACACUUGUGACCAAACAGGCCCUACAUUCCACAGGGCUUUGGUGGACUGCCAUUAACUUCAAGGAGCUCAGUGCGUAAUAAAGAGACAAUAAUACUUUAUAGCACUGUUCAGAGCUUUAAGUGCUUCAUUAUUAUUAACUCAGCUCGUCUUCAGGCUCAACAUCCCAAAG